CUGCGAAUCUCGAUGUGCUAGGUCAAUACUGUCCAUCAUGGAGGAACGGAUGGUACGUAUGUACCGCACCUUUGAUGUUAAUCAUGAUGCGGAACCUUCGGCAGAAGCGAAGGAUAGAUUAAGUGCGUGCCGGUUUCUCGCGGACACGUUAAUGGAAGGUCGUUAUAAGCAGACGGCAGACUUUCCCAAAUUUCUAUCUAUUGCGGUGAGUGGUCUCCUAUUAGCCUUAAAUGAUCCAGACAGCGAUGUGCGCCUGGCCGCAGACGAGUCUUUGAAUAAAGUUUUGAAAACACAUCUCGACAUGCACCAAGGACGAAUCCAAUUAGAACUGUAUAAGCACAUAAAGAAGAACAACGCCCCUGUGAGAUCGCUGAGAGCGGCCAUGCUGAAGUUCGCUGAACUGAGUCCAUUGACUAGACCUGCCAAGAGGACGGUCUUUCUCAAUUCGUUGAUUACACCUCUUGUGAUGAUACUUGGUCGGGUCGAUUCAGACGUACUACAAGGCACUCUACAACACUUCAUUCCGGUUAUAUGCAAAGAGUUUGGAUUACAUUUUGACUCCGGGCAAAUGCAGACUUUACUGGAUGCUUGCACAGACAACAUAACCAGUACGAGUCCGGUAGCCAGACGGGCGGCUGCGGCUUGUGUAGCAGCUAUGUUUAGAUACUGUCCAGGUGGCGAUCAUUUCAUACCAUCAACUAUGCAGAGACUUGCCCAAAUUGUUUCGGCCGAGGAGGUCACAGAAACAGAUGUUCUUGGAGUGUAUGGCUGUCUGAACGCCAUCCUCGCGAUAACCCAGAGUG